UGUGAGUCGUUCCCCCUAAAAAAAGGAUCAUCCCCAUAAAGCCUCCACCUCGAACUCAAGUAUGUGGGCUCGAAGCGGCGAAGCUGACAGUCAUCGACAGACAACGGGCACGUUCACAGGUGACACCAGUUCGUUCCGAGGCUAUCACACAAAGUUUCACACACUUAACCUGCUCCAGCCACCAACGCCGAAAUUUGGCAUUCCGAAAAUGAGCUUCAGUAAUUUGGUAUUCUACGUGCAGCUGCUGGUUACAACGGUGGUCCUGUUGCAGAGUUGCUGCACGUGGUCUGUGGUCUCUGGAGCAGUUCGGACUCCGUCAACAACAACAACAGCAACUGUAGCGAUUGCGAUGACGACCGCUCAGCCUUUAGCGACGACGACGGUGACCGGAGGUAAUUCCAGUGUUGCCAGCAGUAUUACUUCGGGACCGCCGGCUGUGGUCAGGGGCGCAAACCGUGAAGGUCGAGCGUGGAGCUUUGGGAUGAUGCAGAAGUAUGAUCUGCCGGGAGAACUUGGCCAGCCCUGUUCCGGGCCGGAAGGUUGCCGUCAGUUUGCGUACGAGUGCGACGAGCAAAAACGGACCUGCGAAUGUGCCGACGGAUUCCAGCCCGAUCAGACGCGUACGGUGUGCGUUGGAGCCGUUGGCAGACGCUGCUACUACGACAGCCACUGCAUUGCGAACGCGUUCUGCAAGGGACAAAUGGUGUGCACGUGCAAGCGCGAAUUUGGCUACCUCUCGGCGGAUAAGUGGUCAUGUCAAGCAUCGUCAGCGAGUUCACUCCUGCUGCCACACCGGAAGUUCUCCUCCUGGUGGUCGUCCUCGAUAGGACUGCUCCGCGGGGCAGCAGCAAUCGUUAUUUCACUACUUCUCGUUAGCAUCAGAAGCGGCAGUGGCAGCAUCUGGCAGUCGGAGAUAAAUUUAUUUACAGUUUGAUUGGAUUAAAAAUAAGCAGCAGCAGGGGAUCCCCACUCCCUGAGUUUCAGUUGAAUUUGAAAGUUCAGAUUUUAUUAACGCUAAAUUGUCCCAUGUUGAUUGGUUGCUCCAAAAACUGUACAUUGGGCAAAAUGAGUUGUUGAAUUCAAGCAAAGAUAAAAAUAAAAUAAAUAAAAAUAAAA